AUGACCUCAUUUGUCGACAUCGAGCAUAGAGCUUUGCAGAGCCCAUCUCCCGUGGCUACGAUAAUGAAGACUCCGAAGACCGCCGAUGGAGCAAAUAAGCUGGCCCCACUGUGGAGUUUGCAUCUUUUGCCCGUCCCGCUUGUACCUCGGCUCCGCAUCGAGACGUGGCGUGCGAAGUCGCAACAACACCACGCCGACAAUGAGCUUGGAGUCAUAAACCAUUCAAAUCGAGUUCCUAAAUGGUUAGGAGCGAUGGCGACCGAACGCUCGCUAGCGACUUUGCUACGGUCGCUGCAAAUAGCUUCGGAGCCUGAGGAUGCUUAUGCCUUGCUGCCCACCUCCACGAGCUUCCUUGCGAUGCUCACGAACCCGCUGAACGUCACGCUACUUUCUUCCCAGCUACUUUCCGCGCAGGCCAUCUGGGAUCAUCGCGUUGACCUACAGACAUGCCGCAGAAUCCUCAGCGUGUUCAACACCGCUGCCGUGGGCAUCCUGCAGAAUGAAGCAUCCGAUGAGCCCCGGGCACCAUACACAAGACGCGGCCUGGACCGCGAAGCAUGGGUGAAAGCUGUGAUCAAUGGAGCCGACGAGAAAUCACCAAGAUGGCGACACAUGCUCCUUCUCGGGGGCGUUUUGCUUGGGUUUGAAGCGCAGAACAGGCAAGGGUUGUCGCAGACCCUUCGGAGUAAAGUCGAAUCUGCUCUUGUGCGAGCCACACAGCUUGCGCUGGAAGAGAAUGCUGGUCUCAAUUCAAUCGAUGGGUUUGCUAUAACUAUGGUUCUCAACUAUACAUUCGAGCUUCUGUCAGACUGGCACCGAAGUCAAAUCAACUAUGAUCGCUUGCUGCCGCUCAUGCUCCAUGCCACUUUUUUAUCAAGCGAAGGGCUCGGCAGCGCAUAUUUCGUGGGCGCAAUAGAUCGAGAGAUUGUUGAAGGGAGGGCACUGAAGAAAUUCGGAUGGUCCGCAACAUCAGUGACGUACCAGAACGUUAAAGACAUACUUUCAAGACCCUUGAUAGCGUCACUAGGACCCUUGUCGCGUCUUAUCGCACACGCAAUGGAGAAUGUCACUGACCCGAAUAUCGUUUCUGAUGGCAUGAGCUCCAUCAACGAUUUUGUGCGUACAUUGCUAGUUCAGUGGCGCCAAAAUAAGCUUUCGGAGGUCGAUGCCUCUGAAGAGACGGAGUUUCUAGAUCCAGAAUCCCUGAAAAGCACUAUAUCCGAUCUUUGGCGGUUGCUUCGAUCGAUCAUGUUCUCUGUAGUCAUCAUUCUGCGAGCGGUGCUUGGGCGAGUCCUGAAUGAUCGGGUGCUUGCUGCUGACGGUGUGGCACCAUUCAUUGCAGUACAAUCGCUACAUAUCCUUCGAAACCUAUAUUUUAUUACCUCACGCACCGGCCAGAGCUCAUCUUCGCAGUAUUCAUUUGUGAAUCUUGUCGCCAUCGACAUUCUAGCUCAGUAUCCAGACCUAGCCGAGAGCUUCUUGCGGACAAUCAGGCCCAUUGAGAUGGGCCAUAUCCCGCAACAUCCUUUGGAGCGCUGUCUUGAUCUUUUCUUCCUGAACACUUCGGAACAUUUGGCGUUGGCAUUGUCUCCUCUCGCCAACGAGGAGCUGAUAAUCGCUGCUGCAACGCCUUAUCUUGCUGCUGGCGGCAACAAUCGUCUUUUGGAGAUCUUUGAAGCCGCACACAGCGUUGUUCUGGCCGUCUUCUCGGCGCCACAGAAUGCGGAUAUUACGGCUAAAUAUCUGCCUUUCUAUGUCGACAAUCUUUUUACGGUUUACCCACACAACCUCUCAGUCCGCCAAUUCCGACUAGCAUUCAAAUCCGUUGUGCGAGUCGCAUCGCCCCCUUCACCCCUAGCCAGCGCCCAACCUCUUCUAGCAGCGACGCUGAUAGAACUUGCUCACGAACGUGCACUCACUGCCUCAUCAAUCUUGCUACCGCCAUCCACCGAAGAAAACGCCCUCGAAACGCCACCAUCACUAUCCGAGAAAUCAGGAGUCAUUCUCGCCAUCAUCGAUUCCCUUCCCCAUCUCCUCGUGGAAGAUCUGGACGAAUUUCUCCCAUUAACAGCCAGACUCAUCAACACGAUGAAUCAUAGUGAAAAUAAUAAUACCGAUAGUCAACAACAACAACAGCAACAACAACCCGAUCCCAUCUUACGCUCCACCUGCAUCGACCGCUUCUGGGAAGUUUUGAGUAACGGCGAAAUGGACGUUGAGCGCGCAAAUUUUUGUGUUGCUUGGUGGAGUACGCGGGGUGGCAGGGAGCUGCUGCUUUUCGGAGAUCAUUAUGAUGAUGAUAGUCAAUUAGACUCUGCUGCUGCUGUUCCCGAAGAACCUGUUAUGAGUGGUGCCGUUGUGGUAGAUGUUGCUCGUGAGAGCAAAUUGUGA